CGGUGUUAUUCGCGCACUACACUCCAAGCCUCCUGACACUGAGCUCAUCCUACGUGGAGAUGGCCUUCCCAGCGUGUCCGGCUGGCACCGUCUGCCCCACUGGCAACCGCUUCCUGAAGAAGCUCGCCUGGAAUCGGCUCGAGGACGGAGCCAGCAUGGCCCACAAGGCGUUGAUCGACUUCCACCUGACGCAGCGGCAGUACGAGGACCUGCUGCGUCUGCAGGUGACCCGGCCUGACCUCAAAUACAGCGAGGUCGCCUGCGACUGGAUGCGACGCAACGCGGAGGUCAUCAGCAGACAGUGGCUGAUGCACGGCCGGCGCAAGAACGAGAUACUCAUCGGCGGCAUCUUCCCCAUCUCGGGCAGCCACUACCGCGACCGCGGUAUCAUCCCAGCGGUGAUGAUGGCGAUUCGCGCCAUCAACUCAAACACGAGCAUCCUGCAGGACUACAAGCUCACCCUCAUGUCCAGCGACGGCCAGUGCAGCUCGGACAUGGUCAUGAAGAGCUUCAUCAACUACCUGCGCAUGCCCAGCUUUGCGCAGAUGGUCGGCAUACUGGGGCCAGCGUGCUCCAACACGCUGGAGCCGAUAGCCGGUGUGUCACGCCACUUCAGGGUGCUGGUCAUUUCGUACAGCGCCGAAGGUGUACUGCUGACCAACCGCAGCCAGUACCCCUACUUCUUCCGCACCAUCGGCGAAAACAAGCAGUUCAGGUUUGUGUACAAGCAGCUGCUGGCCCAGCUCAAGUGGAAGCGAGUGGCGUCGCUGACAGAGAACGGCCAGAAGUACUCUGAGUACAUCUCCAUCAUGCACGACAUGCUGCAAGCGUCCGGUGUCACCUUUAUCGCCAACAGGAAGUUUCCUAGCGAUACGACUAACAUGGCUACGUAUUUGAAAGAACUGAAGGACAAGAAGGCCCGCAUCAUCAUAGCCGACAUGUACCAGGUGGCGGCGAAGGCCAUCAUGUGCGAGGCCUACCUGCAGAACAUGACGGCCAGGCAGGGGUACAUCUGGUUUCUUCCCGAGUGGUUUUGGCGAGGCUGGUACAAUACUACGGCCAACAGCACGACAACCAGCUGCACCUCGACCCAGCUCAUGGAGGCGCUGGACGGCCACCUCGCCCUGGCUCACGCGUACUUCCCCAGCAACGAGUCAUCCCUCAUGCAGGAGGGCAUAUCGGUCCGCCAAUGGAGGGAGUACUACAAGGGCAACUGCUCGAAGCACCCCGUGAAGGAGUCCGAUUACGCCAGUUACGCGUAUGACGCCACCUGGGUGUUCGGCCUGGCGCUGCACAAGCUGCUGAAGGACGAGCCGUCGCGGUACCAGAACUUCCGCUCGGACGGGACGAACGAGCGGCUGGUCGACAUCAUCAGCGCCACCGACUUUGACGGCGUGUCGGGCCACCUGCGGUUCGUGGGCCCUUCUCGGGUCAGCAUCACGGAGGUCAAGCAGUGGCGGGGCGGCCGCUACCAUGUGGUCGGACGCUUCCUGCCGGAGCCGAACAGCACUGAGGGAGGCAAGCUGGUGCUGGACACAUCCAAGAUCCAGUGGCUGACGGCGGAUGGCUUGCGCCCUGAUGACGGCUCCAGCCCGCCCUGCGACCUGCAGCCUCUGGCCGACCUGCUCGGCACAGACUGCCAGACGGCCGUCAUCAUCGUCAUCCUGAUCGUCCUGCUGAUCGUCAUUGUCAGCCUGGUCGUCUGCUUGCUCUUCUACAAGCGCAGGUACGAGGGCAAGAUGCUGCAGCUGGGACUGGAUCUUGCCAACGCUGCCGAGUGGGAGGUGAAGCGGGAGAACAUCGUGAUGAACCGCAAGCUGGGCGAGGGCGCCUUCGGCACCGUGUACGGCGGCGAUGCGCUGCUCGUCAAGGACCGGGCCGCGCGCGUGGCGGCCCGCCGCCACCCGACGGACCUGCCGGAGGAGUGGUGCUCUGUGGCGGUGAAGACGCUGAAGCUGAACUCCACGCUGGAGGAGAAGCUAGACUUCCUGAGUGAGGCGGAGGUGAUGAAGCAGUUUAACCACACCAACAUCGUCCAGCUGCUGGGCGUGUGUACGCUCUCGGAGCCCAUCCUGACCGUGAUGGAGUUCAUGCUGUACGGUGACCUGAAAACAUUCCUGCUCUCCCGGCGGAGCCUGGUCUCCGAGAAGAGCUUCAAAGAUGAGUGCAACGAGAUAUCGGACAAGAAGCUCACCUCCAUGGCCCGAGAUGUGGCCUGUGCCCUCAGCUACCUGGCCGAGAGGAAAUAUGUGCACAGGGAUGUGGCGUGUCGCAACUGCCUGGUGAACACCAUGCAUGUGGUCAAGCUGGCCGACUUUGGUAUGACCCGCUCCAUGUGCGAAAACGACUACUACAAGUUCCAUCGCGAAGGUAUGCUUCCGGUCCGCUGGAUGGCGCCCGAGUCGCUGGCGGACGGCAUCUUCACGCCCAAGUCGGACAUCUGGUCGUUCGGCGUGCUGCUGUUCGAGAUCGCCACGUUCGGCAGCUUCCCGUUCCAGGGCAUGAGUAACGGGGAGGUGUUGGAACACGUGCGCGCAGGCAACCACGUCGCCGUACCGCCCGGCGUCAAAACGGAACUCGCCGAGCUGUUGCUCUCGUGCUGGGCGGUCGAGCCGGCGUGGCGGCCCGACGCGCACCAGCUGGUCGAGCUGCUGGGCCUGCAGUACCCGCGGCUCGUGUCGCCCUGCCUGGAUGCGCCGCACGCGGCCGUGCAGCUGGACCUACUGGGCGGGCCGCACCCGCCCGGCGCACCGUCGCCCAACGGCUGCGCCGGAAAGUACGUGGUGCUGGACCACCGGCCGUCGCUGACGUGCGCAGAGACGACCACGAUCUGA